ACACCGUGACGUCAUUUGACAGCUCGCGUGCACUGUUUACAUAGACUUAGUCGUGUUCGAACGAAAAGUGCUGGGUAUUUUUUUUUAUUCAAAGUCGGUCGAAAUUUCAAAGCGAAGCGGUUUGUAAAUUGAAAUCGAAGGCGAAGUGGGCGGCAAACUUGUUUACAUGACCUGCCCGCUGAACCCGAACGAAAACGAAGCCGUGCUGCUGGCGGAGAUGGUCGAGCAAUGCCGCGUUCCGACGCUCAAGCAAAGCCCUGGAAUGACCUACUGGGAACCGACCACCAAGGACAUGCAAAUCCCGGAAAACUACCGCACCGUCUUCCGACCGCUUAUGCUCCAGCUCCAGCUCCCGAGGACGUGGUCAAGUUCAACCUCGAGCGCUGCAACCUCGCCCUCCUCCACCAACAAAACACCGGCAGAUUCUUCAUCGUCCUGUUUGAGAAGAAAAAGAAGCUGCUCUCGGAGGUUUUCCAUCAGAAACCGCCGUCGAAGACCUGCGAAGCGGAACCACCCCAAAAGAAGCUAAAACGCUACCACCGCAACCCGCUCAACCUCCUGACUCGGUGCCGCGAAGACAAAAAGAAGAACACUUACUGGUCCAGGAGGGUGGACACCUUUUUGCAUUUCGGAUUGACCGUACUUCGGGUGCUGGUCAACUACAGUCUAGCGGACCAUGUCGUCAAGGAUGUGCUGCUAGAUUAUUGACAGGGUUGUUUCGGAGAAGCCACAAAAAAAUCCGCGCCAUAUAAUAAAAAAUACGCGACAAACACAGA